UGUGCGGAGACUUCGGUUAGCUGCUUCUCUCCAGUGCAGAAGGGGUGCCAGCUGCUGGAUACCUCCGCCUUUCUCUCCUGCCUUCAUUGCUAGGUCUGCUGGGGUCGGGUCAAGUGGUGCUGCCCAACUUCUCAACAGGUAGAGGAGAAUCUGUAACAAGAUAGGAAAAGAAAGAGGAGACAAGUUUUCUUUCCCAGUCCAUGGAAAAAUAGCCUGUUGGAUUAUCAUCUGGAAACUGUGGGAAGUGCCAACAUGAGCAACGAGAGGCCAAUGAACCCCAGCUCAUCUACACUGAGCGAGGGCCUGAAGAGAAAGAGGGGGAGACCAAAGAAGCAACCACAGGAGGAGGCUGUGGGACCAUUGCCAGUGAAGAAACCACGAGGAAGGCCAAAAGGAAGCAAGAAAGUGACAACUGUAUCUGGACAAAUGGUAGAACCUUCUGCUGGGAAAAGGCCAAGAGGGAGGCCCCGCAAGUGGCCUCAACUAGCAGUCCAAGAAGGAGUGUCACAGGGAGAAAAUCCCCAGGGAAGCAGUGACUUGAAUUUGAACUCGGCGCCAGCCACACAAGGCAUCACUGGAAAAGAUGGUUCCAGGCCCGGCAAAACUACUGGCCUUAGGAGAUCUCUGAGUAACAUCCCUGCCACAGCUCAGUAGUAUGCCACCUGUUCAUGUCUUGCUGAAGCCAGAGGACUGGAAAGCAAACAGGAUUUUUCAUGUUAUACUUCAAAUUCUUUCUUUGUGAUAAUUUUGGCCAAGCUUUCUCUCUUGUUGUCUGCCGGUUUACCCCAAAUAUCCAAACAGGGACUUAGGGUAAGAAAUGGCAAAUGCCUUCUCAGAGAAAUGCUUUUCACAGUUUGUAGUAUAUCUUUUUUUAGGAAAGAUUAAUAUCCUCACAAUACUUGGAUGACAUUGUGCCUUGCCUUGCCCUGCCACGGUCAGCAACAGCAAUAGUUCAACAGAAAGGUAGUGUUGACUCAGUAAUGCAGAUACAGUAAAGGAAACCUAUUUACACAGCUAACUGCUGAACUUCUGUAUCACACUACCUCUGGUAGAUCGAUGUUAAGUUUUGCUCAGUUGUCCAUAGGGAUUGCAUCUGAAAGACAGUCUUCGAGUCCUUUCUUUACUAUAUCAGAAAGAAAAAACCUUCACGGCAUUUCCAGCUUACGUAAUGCUGUUGCUGUAAUAGUUGGUAACUUGAAUGCUUUAGAGGAAAGUUCACACCCUGAUGUCUUGGGGAUUGAUUCUGAAAUUUUUAUCCUAGCACUAUCAGCUCAGGGCCAUCUCCUGCAACUAGUUUUUGGCCUGGUGGCACUCCCCCUGGAUUUGAUAGCAACUCUGAGUGCACGAUGUUUACCAGCUUAGUCACAGCCACUGGAUUUCAUCACUUCAAAGGAGUGUCUGUAAAAAACCAGUUACACAAAGGUUGCUUCCUUGGAGAGCCUCAGGAUUCAAUUUAAAUUAGUUGUAUCUUCAGUCCAUAAUGUGCAUAUGUGGGGUCCUCUAGUGUUGCAGCUCUGCAAAUAAAAGCUUGCUGAUACAGUUUAGUUUUGGGAGACAGCAGCAACCGGUUGGUCUAAGACCGUCUGCUGGCUGUUCUCAGUCUCACUUUGUACGCAGAUUUGUGCUUUCUGCGUCAGAGCUGAUCUUGCUAAAUUCUGAGGAAUUGAGGGUAUUUUCAAUAUCCAGUUGCAAACAGUGAAAUCCCAGUGAUAUUUUCCAUCUUGUAGAUGCUCUGCCUGUCUAUUAAAGGGACAAUGUGGUUAUUUCAGUUAUUUUUGACAAGAAGUAAAAUUGGCUAUCUUUACAGUGUUAAAUAUUUAAACAGAUCAUAAUUGGCUUUAAAUUUAUGUCAGUGCAUAGCAGAAACCCAUGAAAUGGUAGUAUAUAUUGAAUUCAUUUGUUAUCCUUUCAUCAGAGGUCUGCUCCCUUAGCAGGUAUUUAUUUGACACACGAUAUUGUAUGCAGAAUUAAGAGGAAGGGCUGACUGGA